CAGCAGCAGCAGCAGGGUUGGUUAACUCUCUCUGGAAUUCAGAUUUCACCGCUUGGCGCUGUGAGCGCUCCGAGCAUCUCCCCCAGCAGCACAGACCCGCAGCGCCCCGCUGAGCCUCCAGCAGCUCGCUGACCUUCCAGAAGCCGGCCGGGCGUUCAGCCUUCAUGUACCGAGCAGCGCUCAGCCUACAGCUCGGCUGCAGAGCCUCCGUCUGCGGGCGCUGGGAACGCUAGCUAGCCGCUCUCGGCAGCAGUAUGGAUUUCUAACGGCGGGGGAGCCGGUUACUGAUCCUGGGAGUGCGGGAAUCGGGGAAAUAGCGAGAUUGUGAGCGGAACAGCCGGGCAGGAGCAGGGGGCAUCUCCUCAGCCAUGGCUCUGGUAACGCUGCAGCGGUCUCCCACCCCCAGCGCUGCCUCCACCGCCAGCACCAGCACCACCAACGCGGCGGACACCACGGACUUUGGCAGUGAUGAUGAAAGACGACUAAAUCAAAGUCUGAGUGAGAGUUUCUUCAUGGUAAAGGGGGCAGCACUGUUCCUACAGCAGGGCAGCAGUGCACAGGGUCAGAGGCCACACCCCCAUCACAAACAUGCAGGAGAUUUACCUCAGCACUUGCAGGUAAUGAUCAACAUUCUUCGCUCUGAAGACCGAAUCAAAUUGGCGGUGCGGUUGGAGAGCGCGUGGUCGGACAGGGUGCGGUACAUGGUGGUGGUUUACACGAGCGGCAGGCAGGACACGGAGGAGAACAUCCUGCUCGGGAUGGACUUCAGCAACAAAGACAGUAAGAGCUGCUCUAUAGGGAUGGUGCUGCCGCUCUGGAGCGACACGAAGAUCCAUCUGGAUGGAGACGGGGGAUUCAGCGUAAACACUGCCGGCCGCACGCACAUCUUCAAACCUGUGUCUGUACAGGCCAUGUGGUCGGCGCUGCAGGUGCUACACAAGGCGUGUGAGGUUUCACGCAGGCAUAACUAUUUCCCCGGGGGAAUGGCCCUGACCUGGACAGGCUACUAUGAGAGCUGCAUCUCCUCUGAGCAGAGCUGCAUUAAUGAGUGGAACGCCAUGCAGGACCUGGAGACGCUGCGGCCAGACUCGCCUGCAUUGUUCAACGACAAGCCUACAGAGAGGGAAAGAACGGAAUGCCUCAUCAAAGCCAAACUCAGAAGCAUCAUGAUGUUCCAGGACCUGGAGAACGUGACCUCCAAAGAGAUUCGUAACGAGCUGGAGCAGCACAUGAACUGCAACCUGAAGGAGUACAAAGAGUUUAUCGACAACGAGAUGCUGCUGAUCUUGGGGCAGAUGGACAAAGCCACGCUCAUAUUCGACCACCUGUACCUGGGAUCUGAAUGGAAUGCGUCCAAUCUAGAGGAGCUGCAGGAGAGCGGGGUGGGCUACAUCCUGAACGUCACAAGAGAGAUCGAUAACUUUUUCCCCGGGACGUUUUGCUACCAUAAUGUCCGCGUGUACGACGAUGAAACCACGGAUCUCCUGGCCCACUGGAACGAGACGUACAACUUCAUUGUCAAAGCCAAGAAGAACCAGUCUAAGUGCCUGGUCCACUGUAAGAUGGGCGUGAGCCGCUCUGCGUCUACAGUCAUUGCCUACGCUAUGAAGGAGUACGGCUGGUCUCUGGAGAAGGCCUACACCUUCGUCAAACAGAAACGCAGCAUCACGCGGCCCAAUGACAGCUUCAUGAGACAGCUGGGGGAAUACGAGGGCAUUCUGGACGCCAGCAAGCAGCGGCACAACCGUCUGUGGCGUCCGGACGCUGAGUGCGAUCACCCAGACUGCCAGCAGGCUGCUGCUUCCUGCUGCAGUGACCCAGAGGGCGUGACCCCCGGCACCACCCCGUGCUGUGAAGCCGCCGCCCACUCUUCCCCCCUCGCGCUGGAACUGGAUCCUGCCAACCCCCAGAACUACAACUACUACUUCCGCCGACUGUCUGAUUCAGCGCUGGACAGCGACCCCUCCACCCCGGUCCGCGCUCCGCCGCUUCUGGAUGUGGACCGCGUCUUCAUCGAGAUCGAGGACGUGGAGCGGGACGCCCUCCUGGACGACGAGAGCUUCGAGGGUCGGGAUGGUCUUCCGCUGCCUCGCUUCGCUCCCGGAGAGGGAACAGCGGCGCAGACCUGCUCACGAGGGUCAGAGCCUCUGGAGGAGCUUCGUUUGCGUCUGGAGUUCAGUACUGUGGAGGAAGAGGACGAGGAGGAGGCGCAGAAAGAGCAGGAGGAGAUGGAGGCAUUGGCUGAGGGUGGGAGGAGAGCCGGGGGAGGAGCUAAAGAGGAGGAGGAGUGUGAGGAGAGCGGGAUCGAUCUGGGAAGCAUAAAUCACCUCUGUAACGAAAACUCCAACAACAACAAUCACCUCAGAACACGGAAUAGCCUCGCUGAGAGCAUCCUUAAGAAGCAGCCGUGCAAACUCAGACCAGCACCCAGCUGUCCAUCCACGUCCAAACCCAGUCGCAUCACUCACUCUGAUUCUUGUGGACGAGGCCUUGCCCCUGUACCUCCCCGUAAUGUGCCCAGUAUCUCAGUUGAGGUGCCACCCUGUGCCAACAUGCCAUUCUUGCCCAUAACGCCCAGUCUGCUGCGGGCUUGUGGCCCUUGCUGUGAUUGUGCCAAGUGUGGCAAGGCAGCUCCCAACCUGUGCCUUGAUCCGGCCGUUCCAGACAAGCCAGAGAGCCAAUCACAGAACAGCACAGAACAGUCCCAGGUGGGAGAGGACAGUGUGUUGGGGAAGGCGGUUGAGGGGAAUGGAUGUUUAAGGGGAAGAGACAAGGCAGGGGAGGGUUUGACCGGCAUCCCCAGGGAUGGAGCUUUAAGUCUUGGAUCAGAGAGACCUCAGCAGGAGGCUCUGGUGCACCUUCAGAGGUCUGGCCUGGUUCGACGGCGAGCCGAACGCCUGGAGAAGCUUUCCGGUCUGUUCCAGGAGCGCUCAAGAGACCAUGCAUUGAAGACCCCAGAGCAUUCUGGGUCAGACCCUUCCUCUGGAGCUUUCGGAGCACAAGCCGAUACGUCUUUAGACGCUUUACCGCUCACAAAUGAGUCCUUGUUAGCUGCUCUUGGAUCCGGGGGCUUGACGCCGAUAUCUUCGCCGCAUGGCUCCACGCUCACACGCAGCUCCAGCAGUGACAGUAUCCGCAGCGUGCGGGGGAAGCCUGGUCUGGUACGGCAGCGGGCGCAGGAGAUCGAAGCUCGCAUGCGUCUGGCCGGCCUCACAGUACCCUCGCGCCUCAAACGAUCCAACUCACUCGCCAAGCUGGGCAGCCUCACCUUCUCUUCAGAGGAUUUGUGCUCCUCAGCAUGCUCCUCCGAUGCCGGGACCCUCCUGCUCCUGUCGCUGUCACCAGAGCCCGGGCACGCCAUGAGCCCAGACUGGCUGUUUAGUCCUGGGGGAGCAGGGCCAGCUGAGCCCAGAAGCUGACCUCUAGGGUCAGGGAUUUCUGUGAGAUGUUGCCCUGUUUGGUAGAGUUUCUCUGCACAAGGAUUUCCUUCCUGAAACCUCUUCCUCUUAAAUGGCGACGCCCUCAGAGGGAGCUGAGGGAGGACGGUACUGUACAUGAACUUAAAAAACAAAGAAAGACAGACCUUUUAAACACUAUGAAGCUAAAAAUAUGCUAUUUAAAGAAAAAGAGAGAGAUAGCCAAAUAUUUUAAGAACGCAAAAGCAGUGGAUCCCAAACCUGGUGCUGGAGGACUCCAUGACACGCAAGGGUUCAUUCAACUAAUCAAUCAAUUAAUUAACAAGAGCUUCACGAGCUGGUGAAGUUUGGGUGAAGGUGUGCAGGGUACUCCCAGAUCAGCGUUGGGAACCGCUGGUUUAAAGGCUUUUGUUGCAUGGAGCUAAGGCUGAAUGUGUGUGACAAAAAAAAACAAACAAAAAAACCUGUAGAGCACUUGCCGCUCCUUGGCCAAAUCCUUGAAGACACCAUUGCUUAGGUUCAACCCUUUUACUCUUCCUACUGGUCUGCUGUGAGGCGGAACCAAGCAGCCAUAUUUCCCGAGGCCGGAGAGAUUGUUACCUGCUUUUUCCAUUCAUGCUCCAUCUCUGUCCCGUUUCAGUGUGAAUCACAUCUUCCUGCUGACUACGAACAACCUUUAAAACACAGUCCUUCCGGACAGCCAGGGGAAAGGGACGUCCGGAUCAUCGCUGGUGACUCUUUCUGUGCUGACAGGCUUCUACAAUGUUGGGGGAGGUGGGAAAGUAGACAAUUCUGCUCAAAUCUCUGUGCUGUUCUCCUGCUUGGUAUAUCUGAAAAAGUUGCUGGAGAUGUUUAGCUGUACAUUCUCGUGGUCUGCGACCCAUAGUACAUUUUAAUUAGCCAAAAUCUUAACACUCCAGACAUGUUAGUGACUUGAUUUUGAAUUUUCCAAAAUAUUCGAUCUAACAAAAAACACUAGGCUGCAUCUACAUUUGAACAUUUACAACCUUUUGAGAUCCGUUGUUUGAAAAGUUCAAAACCUUUCAAAUGUUUAAAAUAUUCAAACACUUCGUUUCGGUUCCUUAUGGUGCUCUUCUUUGCUGUAAUGUGAAAAAACAAACAAACAAAUAUCAAAGCACAGAUAUCUUCAGCGCAUAUUACUUCACAUAUUUUGCAAGAAAUUAGGUCACUUCAACACUACACUUUGAGAAUAGAGCUUUGAAACUUGAGUUUUCUUAAAGUCUUCUCUCUAAUGAAGCUUCUUACCUGAGGAUCAGAUCUGCAGUCCCUUCAGAGAGGGAGGUUAUUAAAGCCAGUGAAAGCCAUACUCCAGUCACCCGUCACGUUCAAGGCUGGUUCUCGAAUUCGAUGCGUGACAGGUUCUGUCGUCUCAUCUGCUAUUUAUCAUCUGCAUUGGCCUAUUUAAAAAAAGGUGGAGGAGGGGUGGAAACCAUUUCAUUUUAUUUUCUGGGGACCAGAAGCUGCUUGACUGUCGAGAUUUAAAGAAGCUUCAAUAUUGAUCAAAGCUGAAAUUCAGAUUUUUUUUUUUAAUUCCCAGAAAAUAUUUAAAGGGCUCAUAUCAUGGAAACAGUUAUGUGUCAUUUUAGUGCUGUGGGGCUGGAUGUCUUUUCAACACACCUAAUUCAAGGCACAUUUUUUUAUUACCAGGUUUAGUAGCUCUGUUACUCUGUAUUCACACUAGCAGGCCAUAGACCAAUAAGAGAACAGUUACCUGUACAGUUCAAUUACAGAUUUCACCAGUUGUGUUACUUCCGCCAAAAUAAAACAUCCUUAUAUAUAAAUCCAAAGGAUGCUGUUAUAGAUGGAAAAAUCAAGUGAGUAUGUAUUGGUAUCUGCAGAUUUUUUUUGCCAAAAUAUCCCCAUAUCUCCUAUUUUUCUCCCAGUUUAGCUAGGCCAGUUGCCCCACCUAUUCAGCUGAUAUUCAGUUAUAUAUCAUCUAGGAUGUUGCAACACAAGGAGGGUGAAGACUAGCACAUGCCUCCUUUGAUACAUGUUAAGUCAGUAGACUUCUAAUGCAGCAUUAACAAGUAGCUCGGAGGAAAAUGCAGCAACUCGGUUCUGAUACAUCAGCUCACAGAUGCCUUGUGCUGAUCGACAUCACCCUUUGGAGUGAUGAGGGGAAAGAGCACCAUCUACCCACCAAUUGUGGGACCAAUUGUGCUCUCUCAGGGUUUCCGCACCUGAUGGCAAGCUGCAUGACUGGGAUUCGAACCAGCGAUCCUCUGUUCAUAGUGGCAGUGCUUCAGACUGCUCAACCACUCGGUACCCCUCAAUAAUUCCUUUUCUAAAAGUGGAUGUUGCAGUAGAGCAUCAUCAUUUCAGACCAAACAAAUGCUUUAUAUUCAGCCACGCCUUCAUUCUACCGUCGUCUGCUCCAAACUCUUAGCAUCGCUCUUAGCAUCGCAUAACCAAACUUGCCAAGGCUGAUUAAACCACCCCAACCUACACUGAGCAUGGCUGUUCUCAUGAUUAAACUGUCCCAUCCUUGCAGACGUGAUUUAGGGAGAUAAGUUGCAAUUAAUUUGAGAUUAUCUCAACAUUAUAAGAAUAAAUUAUGAAUUAGUGAAGCAACAUCAAUUCAAAAUCUUUGACAGACCAAUCGUAUAUAGGAUGCUAACUGGUCAUUCUGAUACACGCCCACACUCGAACACAGCCACAAGAGACAACCCCAAUUAGAUGUGUGUGUCUUGUCCCCUGCCAGAGUGAACGCAGGUUAAGAUCAGAAAAAAAUCAACAGACCAUACUGGACUCCGCCCCUCGUUGCCAAUUGCUGUCCACCCCUACUCCUAUGCAUACUGGAUAAUAUCCACAUAUGGAUAUUAAACUGUGAAUGUAUAUUUGCAUAUAUAUCUGCCUAUUCGGCUUACCGAUAUUUUAGCCCCACCCAAUCAGACCAGAGGUCAUUUUUAUGGAAGAAUGUAGGAUAUGGGCCCUUUAAGUUACUCCAAAUAGGCCUGUCACAAUAAUCCAUUAUUAUGUGUAUACUAGUGCAUUCAAAAAAUUAAA